GACACUACUAAAACAAACUCUUUUUCUGAUUUAGUUUCCUGUGUGGGAGGAGACAUAAAUAUAAGCAAAGAAGGAAGGCAUGCCUUUAAAGGUGUGCUGUGUCCUUGUACUGCCUUGUCUCAUUUCAUCUAGGAGAAAUACAAGCAGAUCACAAACUGCCCCGGUUUAUGGAAAAAUAAAGGACUGCAGAUUAAGGCUAUAGGCUAAGGAAAUCUUAAUUUAUUAGUAAGGUUGUUUGGCGACUUUAAUCAAGAACCUGGAAGCUUCUGUAAUGUCACACAGAUCUGGAAAGUCAAUGCCUUUUCCAGGAAUUUGCCAAAAAAUUGUGCCGAGCUGGCAAACUAAUAUGACUAGCGACAUUAAAAACCCAGUGCCAUUUAACAACCAGGAUUUCAACCACCUUAAAAAAACAUGUCUGCAGAAUCUCAGUUUGUUUGAAGACGAAACAUUCCCAGCAAAUAUGGCCUCGAUUGGCAACAAUGUAGCAGUAUUAACAGCUGACCAGCUCAAAAAAGUGGUAUGGAAGCGACCACAUGAGCUUGUUGGGGAAGGUCACUGUCCGCGUCUUUUUGCACAUGGACCAAGCAGGUUUGAUAUUUUUCAAGGAAAGCUAGGUGACUGCUGGGUUCUAGCUGCCUUGGGUUCAGUAACAUUUCAAAGAGAAAGUCUGAAUAAAGUCAUACCAGAACAGGAGGAAUUUUCACAUAACUAUGCGGGAAUAUUUCAUUUUAGGUUCUGGCAUUUUGGGCAGUGGAAUGAUGUAGUGGUAGAUGACAGAUUGCCCGUAUAUGAAAAUGAAUGUCUGUAUGUCAAUGCAGUGCAUAUCAAUGAAUUCUGGCCAGCUCUACUGGAGAAGGCAUUUGCAAAGCUUCAUGGAUCCUACCAAAAUUUGCAUUUUGGCCGGUUAGAUGAGGCACUUGUGGAUCUCUCUGGGGGAAUCAAGAAGAGCAUUCAUCUAGAAUAUGCUUCUAAAGACCUGUGGGCAAUGAUGAAGAAAGCUGCAAAAUCUCAUUCUCUGAUGGCUUGUAGCACCCAUGGAAAGGGAGUCAAUAACAUUCUAAGAAAUGGAUUGGUUGCAUCUCACGCAUACACCAUUACUGGAGUCAAGAUGGUUGCAUAUGGAGGCACAGAGGAAGAGCUAGUCCGUUUGUGGAAUCCUUGGGGAAGAGCUGAAUGGACAGGAAGAUGGGGUGAUAAGGAUGAUGCACAAUGGAAUCAAUUACAUCCUGAGUUGCGGAGCAAACUCUUCACUAAAAGAGAAGAUGGAGAAUUUUGGAUGUCAUUUAAGGAUUUUAAGGAGCAGUUUAAUUAUCUCCAUAUCUGCGCUUUAUGCAUGGAUUUUUUUCAGCCGGACAGGAAAAGCAACUGGUCCUCCGUGCUGCACAGAGAUGCAUGGCAUAAAGGCAACACUGCUGGAGGCUGCCAAAACAAUGAAACCUUUUGGAUGAAUCCUCAGUAUAAAAUAACUGUGACAGAAGACAACUGGCUAGCGAACCAAGGACAAUCAUGUAAUGUUAUUGUAUCUCUCAUGCAGAAACCCAGAAAGAAAGAUGAACACUAUCUUCACAUUGGCUUUUCUAUUUUCAAGUGUGAAGGAACAAAAGAUCGACUGCCUCCCCAGUUUUUUGCAGAAAAUGUUACUGAGCAUUUUAUUUUAAAGCAUGCUGCUGAGCGUGAAGUUACUGAGCAAUAUCUUUUGAAGCCUGGUGCCUAUGUUUUGGUUCCUUCUACUCUAAAAAAAGAUGAACAGACUGAAUUCAUUUUGCGGAUCUUCUUCAGCAGUAAAAUCUACACAGAUGAACCCCUUGUAAGGAACUCUGUUGGCAUAAAACAAAAGACAGUAAGAGAAAGUACUGGCAAUCUAGUUGUGAUUCCAAAAACACUAAAAAACAAGUAUGAAAACCGAAACAACUUUGAACAAGUUUUCAUGAUGUAUGCCCACAAUAACAAGGAAAUUGAUGCUUCUCAGCUGCAAAUACUCUUGAAUGAAAAAGUCAUGCAUGAACAUAAGUACAAUGAAGUUUUCUCCAUCGAUUCUUGUCGAGGAAUUAUAGCCUUAAUGGAUCUGAAUCAGACUGGAGGACUUAAUCUGUAUGAAUUCUGUCGUCUGUGGAAACGUGUCAUGGUCUGCGAGGACAUAUUCUGUAAAAUAGAUUCAAGACAUACUGGAUAUUUGGAUUCAAAUGAGCUGUGGAAUGGUUUAAAGGCAGCAGGAAUUUCAGUAACUAAAGACCUGCUAACACUGCUGCAACUACGACAUGGAGACUCUUUGAAGAAAAUCCAUUUUGACAGCUUUGUCUGCUGGCUACUCCGCCUGGAGUGCAUGUACAAGGCAUUUGGCAACCUAACAAAGGACGGGAAAGGGAUUUAUCUUAAAGAAAAAGAGUGGAUGCACCUGGUAAUGUCUACUUGAUAACGGAAUACAGUUCUGAAGAUUAAUAAUUCUUUGUCUGUUGAUGGUCUCCUGCUAUUAUGAAUAAUUCUAUGCAAUUAAUCUAGUGCAUUUUUCAUUUAAAUGAAUGAUUUAAAACAAAAUGCAAAUCUGUCAUUUGAAGAAAUUUUGAAGUUCAUUAUUUUACAUUGGUGUACAUUAUUGUUCAUUGAUGCUAUGUAUAAUAAUUGUAACAAAAUAUCAUAACGAUUAAAUAUUUUACACUGUACUUUAGAAGUGGAAAUGGACUUUGCACAUAGCAUUUCAAUGCAUGUGUUUUAAUAUGUCCAAAGGAGCAUUAAUAUUUUGUAAUAUACACAAAGCAACAUCCACAGAAGGCACUCCAGUAAAGGAAAUGUUUAUUUAGCACUUUUGUCCAAAGACUUCAUCAGAAUAAAAUGACAAAAUUUCAA